GGAAUAAGCGCCAUAAAGAUAAUGAAUCGCCAACGACAGCCAUCCACUUGCCUCGCGGCAGCUAUUGCAGCACUGAACCUGAGCCUCCCUGGCUCCCACGUUUCUCCAGAGACUUUCCGGCAAGCCAAGUUCGACCAACCCCAGGUGAGUAUAACGUUGUGGAAGCUACUAUACCGUCUGCUGAAGCAGAUCCAUGGUGGAGGACAGAUAGAGUCUGCUGACACAGGCACCCAAGUCAGAUUUGUCAAAUAUGCAGCCUUGAGUUAUGGCUAUAGAAGACUAAAAUUUUAUCAGCUUCCUGCUGAUGGUUCAGAAGGGAGCAGAGAACUGCUAUUGGCAUUUUCCUGGUUCCUUUGCAGAACUGCUCUAAUGGAAAAGUUAUUGAUGCUAAGCAGACUGAAACUUUGGGAUGAAGCAACAGUAUGCAUGUGUAAUCCUCCUCUAAAAGGCCUGCAAGAUGGGAAAAGCCUUGAUUCAAACCUUCCCAUUAAAGACCAAACAGAUGUCCAAUACCUUCAAUGGUUGAAUGGCCGCCUGAAACUCCAGUGGCGGAGUUACCACGCUGAGCAACAAGAGCAAUGCAAGCUCCUGCAUCAGGUACAUUCCUACACAAUAGGUUCUCAUACUGACCCUGUCAUUGGCCAUUUCUCAGUCAUAGAAGUUGAUAUUGGAAGACAGCCAGACAGAUACAAGCAGUUGCUGCAUUUUGUAGAAUCUGAUUGCUCCCGUCUAGAAGCAUUUCUGAAGUGGAAGCCUAUGGAACCCCUUUAUUGGCAUUGGAUGGAGACUGUUUUAGAUAUGGUAACAGAAGAUACCCAGAACCAGAAUAUAUGUUACAAGGACUGUCUUUUGCCAGGUACUGACCUGGGUUGCCAUAGUGUCAGCAGAAUUAUUGAAGAACUUGACAAAUGUAAGAAAGAUCUACUGACUCUGUGCCAGAAGAUACAUGAGCAUAGAACCGCCAUGAAACUGGCUUGCUAUGUAAAGGUCAGAACAAGGCAAGAAAAACAAGGAGAGGAGGAUUUCUGCACAGCUGUAAGAAAAGUACAAGAAAUUGUGGAGCUGAAACUGUCUGACCUUAACUGUAAUAACAGUACCUGUAAAAUCAAUAAAUUGCAUGGCCCAUAUAGACUAGUUUUUAGAAAAAGGUGUUUAAAGGACAGUAAAAUGGGUACUAGCAGAACAGCAGCACCUACCAAAGCCAUUACAGAAGGAAUCACUGCCACAGAUGUGAUCAGUGAUCUAAGAAAGAAAGAAGCAAGACUGAAGGCAGAGCUGAAGCAGCAACAAGAGGAAGCUAGACAGAAGAUUCACAAAGCGGCAAAGGGACUUGAUCAAGUGCUUUUCAUCCCACCAAUGAAAAGACAAAAAGCCAGAGUAAGUGCAGAAUUUGGCAAAGUUCACCACAUUUGAAAGAACACUUUGGGAUGGCUUGAAACUGCCACACCCCAUUGUUGGUAUUUGUUCCUAUCUUCUGAGUGCAACUGUUACUCCUUUAGGUUUACUAUGCAUCCUCUCAUUUUGAAAGGAAGAAUAUAUUUUAAGUAUUCUACACAUUACCUCAAGAUGGUUAAUGAGCAGGAGACUAAUAUACAUGUCUUUUGAAAUUAUUUUAUCUUCUCAAAUGGUAGGUUUUGGUGCCCAGUUUCACUUUAGCUACAACAGAUUUCAACAUGAAAAUACACUAAACUCUCAUAUGGAGUAUCUGGAGAAGAGAUGUGUGUAAAAAUCCAGGUAAUGCAGUCCUAUGUAAACAUUGCUGAAACAGGUAGAAAGAAUCUUGAAUUAAAGUUGAUUAAAACUUGGUA